AUGUUUGGACUGUAUCUUCUGGACGUUUAUGUGACUCGAUUGACACUGAACAAAGAGGUGUAUGUUGAUACUGGCGGAUCGCCACUGGUAGUAAAAGUUGUCUUUGUUAAUUUCCCAGCAAUGGAAGUCGCUGAGCGUAAACGAUCUCGUAAAGACGAUGACAUUUACAUCUACGAAUUUAAAGGCGGCCAAUGCUGUCAUUUUUCAAUGAUGUGCGAUGAACUGGUCACCAAAAUGAAGAAAGUCCCCCUAAAUAUCGGGGUUUUUAGAAAGGACGACUGUUAUCCCAUUUGCAAUAUUCGUACUCACCUCAGCGGUUGCGCUUGCGAUCUGGGUACGCAGAAGAUUGAAAGACCAAAAUCCUUCAAAUUCAGAGGACCUUUCGAUCUAGUCGAUUCUGGUAAUAGUUUUGCAGGGCAAUUAGGCGUGGACAUUACCGUUACAAAUAUAGGAAGGUGUAUGACGAGAUACUAUGCCCUGGUGCCCAACUGUCUCCUCUUCAAAACCGACCCAGAGGGACACGAGUACAGAUGCAACCUGAAAGAAUCGUCGAAAAUAUCAGACGAAUUAUUAUAUGGAGCUUUCGGAGACAAUAUAGGAAAAAUCGCGAAACUCACUCAGAAUCUGGAUCCUGAUUCUCCGGGACCUUUGGUCAUGGAUAUAGUUGGAAUUGCUCCGGCUGCUGGACACCUCGCGGCCGGAAGUCCUCCGCCUCGAGAACCGCUGCCGCCCUUAGUGGAUCCACAAAUGGCGCGAGGCAGAAGGAGGGGCAGACGCAGGAAAAAAGGGAAGAAAUAA